AUGUACCCAAACGAACUUCCUUCUACCCUAACACUCCUCUAUAAACCAUGGUCUUCUUGGUUUGGUAACCAUUCCAAUGGAAGAAGAAGAGGAAAAAGGUCUACCGAACGGAACACCUUUGAUACACUCACAGAAAACAGCUCAACAUAUGAUUCAGGAAUUGAAUCAACAAUAGGUGAUUCAGUAGCAGAAAGUUCAACAGUUCGAUCUGCUGCCAAAUACACAAGACAUUCUACCAGAGGGCAAGGAAGAACAAGAGCAGGAACAAAUAGGACGCCGCCGGAUCGUACAAAUGUAGGUUAUCAAAACAUGUAG